AUGGCCGCUUUAGUUCUCUCCCCCUUGGUGAACAUUGCCUCCGAUCAGAAAAGAGCACGAUUCCUUUCGCUCUUGAGAGAGGUUGGAAAGGAGACGCUCACCUCUGAGCCCGACUGCUUGGCCUACAUUUGGCUGCUUUCGGUCACCGAGACGACAGCUAUUCGUGGGGUCGAAAUUUACCGCAAUGAUAGUGCCUUGGAAGAUACUCAUCGCCGCAGCACGGCCUACGAAAAAUUCCGGACAGUACUUAUUGAAGAGCAACUAGCGCCACCUCCGACGGCUGCUGCACUUUGUCGAGGUCGACUCGUUGAAAAGAGUAGAUUGCCCGACCCGGUGAACAGCUCGGGACCCUUGGUGGCAAUCACAGGAUCAGUUUCUGUGUUGACUAUCACGUACGCAAGAUCUGAGGAAAUUCUGGCUAUCUUGGGUAAAGUUGCAGACGAACCGCGCGAAAAAGACCAGAUUGCCUUUGUGAUUUCUGACUUGGAGGAGUCCAGGCAGAUCCUCGUGGUCGGAGUCUUCGCAUCCAGGAAGGCCGCUGACAGGGCGAGAAGUACCUGGAAGUCUCUGGGACAAGGGUAA